AUGUGCCAUUACCAUUGUGUUAGAAGGAAAAUAAGCCCUCAAACAGAAAAGCAUGUACUUAGGAUGAGCUUGUUUCUGGUUGAUGGUCUUAACAUGUUUUGGGCAUUAUGGGGGAAGAGGGAGCUAGAGAGCUAUUGGACAACGUUAUGGAUCAGCAGAAAUGUUGAAAGCUCAAGUUCCUGGUAUUAUCUUAUGGCAUUCAGGAAAAAAUGGGUGAAUAAUGGUAAGCUGAAUGUUCGAAAUGAAAACCUCAAGGCGUGGCUGGAUACUGAAAAUUAUGAUGGGAAGGAAGGAGGGAUGACAAAAAGAAGUUCAUAA